AGCAGACAUCAUAUAACAUUCUUCACUUUUCAAAAGAGAUAGACACAGGAAUCUGGAGGCAAUCAGGAAAUCCGUGAACUAAUAGCUGGGCUUCUAGGCUUUGUUGCAGUCGCGCCUACCUGUUGGCGCAUCUCGUGCUUUCACUCCGGGGUUUCCAUCUACAAACUACCACUUUCCAUCAAGACGACAUCGUCACCUCACUCAACAACAUCACCAAAACAUCCUGAUCAUGGCUAUUGCGGAAGAUGCGGCGACUGUUCUUGAGCAGUUCAUCCACGAUGUCGCCAAUCUUCCCGCGGAGAUCACGCAUCUCUACGAAGAAGUACAGGCCAAAGAUGCGCAGAUCCACGACCUGCGUGCCGCGAUACAGCAACGCGACAACAGUCUUCAAAAGUUCAUUAAGCUGAACGGUAGUUUGGUCGUUAACCCUAAGGAGGAGCCGUACAAUAAAGUUGUGAUCCAAAACUACGAACGCGCGCAGAUUCUUCAGGAGGAGAAGAUUGGCCUCGUAGACAAAGCCGCCGCGCUCCUCGAUCGAUAUGUGAAGCGGCUGGACAUCAAGCUGCGGGAUCUCCAAAGCGAUGGCUCUAUACCUGCAGACCCGCAGAUGCCUUCUCUAUUGAAGGAUUCACCAGGCAAUCUAGUGCCACCUUUAUCAUCCACGAAUACAGGCGCAAGUACACCGUUACAUCCGGUAUCUGGCAACCAAGGUGGAGGCGCGCCCAACAUUGCACAGGCAGCAGCAAUCGCACGCAUCACAAAUGCGACAAAUGUUAGCGCCAACUCGAGGGCAGCCCCGAUACAGAACAUGCAGACCCAAGCACUGCUCAACCAGCAAAGACUGACCAACGCACAAAGCGCGAUUCAAGCUAGUGCACGAUCAGAACGAGAGCUCUCGGCGGGAAGUGACAGCAAGCGUCGCAGACCAACUGGCAGCAUUGGACCUCUGCCCGCAGCAAAUUCGUCUCUGGGUCGACAAGGCUCAAUUGGACCGGGCACACCAAAACCGUCGACGCCAGGUUCGCGAGCUGGCAGCGUAGGACCGAGGCAUGCACUCACAGUCAAGAAGGCCAAGCCACAGCAGCCGUUGCGCAAGGCUGCUCUGACUGCCAAGUCUGGGGUCAACAAGAAGAGGCGUAAGGGCGGUUCGAGAGCUUCACCGUCUACAACAGCUGAAGAUGAGAGUGUAGCCAGUGAUGCUGGUACCGAAGAUGAGGAGAUGUCUGGUGUGGCGGGAGAAGGAGACGAAGAAGAGUCGGACGACACUAAGUACUGCUUUUGUCAACGCGUUAGUUUCGGUGACAUGGUUGCGUGCGACAACGACAACUGCCAGUAUCAGUGGUUCCACUGGAUGUGUGUGGGGAUCAAGGAGGAGCCGGUGGGCGAUUGGCUGUGCCCUGAGUGCAAGAAGCAGCCGGCACAGAAGAUCAAGCGGGUGCGUUGAAGCUGUGGCGCUCUGCAGCAAUGUAUCGGCAGCGGGAGAGGCGUUGAAAACGGCAACCACGACCGGAGUGUCGCCCAGGCACGGCCACUUUGUUAUAUACCCUCAUGAAAUUGGUUGUCUUGA